CCUGCCGUAUGUGUUUCUUGCUUACAGAGGAAGUCACUUCUCUGAAUCCCAAGCCAUGGAAUCUGAUGAAAGCCAACGACCCACUAAUCAACCACAACAAAAUCAAGCUCUCCCCCUGACAUUAACAAAGAAACCACUUCUUCUCUACUCAUCUAUUCUAGUUCUGUUUCUCGCAAUCUCCUUCGGUUUCACCAAAACAAACUAUUACAAAGCCCAACGCCUAAAAUACUCUUUCUCAUCACACCCCAUUUUUCUUCAGACCCUUUUAGGCUAUCUUCAUCCAAACCCAAAACCCAGGCAAACCCAUACACCAAAUCCCAUUUCCCAUUCCCCAAGCUGUGUGCUAUGGAUGGCUCCUUUUCUUUCAGGUGGUGGGUAUAGCUCAGAAAGUUGGUCAUAUAUCUUAGCCCUCCAUGAACACAUGAAAACCCCACUAUUCAAGCUGGCUAUUGAGCAUCAUGGUGAUCAAGAAUCCCUUGAAUUCUGGGAGGGCUUGCCACAACAUGUCAAAAACUUGGCCUUUGAGCUUUACCGAACAAAGUGUAGAAUGAAUGAGACCAUUGUGGUUUGUCACAGUGAACCUGGUGCUUGGAACCCUCCCUUGUUUGAAACCCUCCCUUGCCCACCAGGUGCUUACCGAAAUUUCAAGUCGGUGAUCGGCCGGACCAUGUUCGAGACCGAUAGGGUGAAUGUCGACCACGUGAAGCGCUGUAAUCAAAUGGAUUAUGUUUGGGUUCCCACUGAAUUUCAUGUAUCUACAUUUAUAGAAAGUGGGGUUGAUCCUUCUAAGGUGGUGAAAAUCAUUCAGCCUGUUGAUGUGAAGUUCUUUGAUGCCCUCAAGUAUAAGCCAUUAGACCUUUCCUCUAUAGGGAAAUUGGUCUUAGGUUCAAGUUCAACAACCCAGAAUUUGAAUUCAAAAAAGGAGUUUAUAUUUUUGAGUAUCUUCAAGUGGGAGUACAGAAAAGGUUGGGAUGUAUUGUUGAAAUCAUACUUCAAGGAGUUCUCUGGGGUUGAUGGGGUUGCUUUGUAUUUACUAUCCAAUCCAUACCAUUCUGAUAGAGAUUUUGGGAACAAGAUAGUGGAGUUUGUGGAGAACUCUGACAUAGAAAAACCAGUGGAUGGUUGGGCUCCAGUUUAUGUGAUUGAUACACACAUUGCUCAAAUUGAUUUGCCGCGACUAUACAAGGCGGCGAACGCGUUCGUUCUUCCAUCAAGAGGGGAAGGAUGGGGGAGACCUCUUGUGGAAGCCAUGGCAAUGUCAUUGCCAGUGAUUGCCACAAACUGGUCCGGGCCAACGGAGUAUUUGACAGAAGAGAAUAGCUAUCCAUUGCCAGCGGAUCGGAUGAGUGAGGUUACAGAAGGGCCUUUCAGAGGGCAUCUUUGGGCGGAACCUUCUGUCGAUAAGCUUCGAGUUCUUUUGAGGCAUGUGAUGAAUAAUGUUGAGGAAGCCAAGGUCAAAGGCAGGCAAGCGAGGGAGGACAUGAUAAGAAGGUUCUCUCCUGAGAUUGUAGCGGAGAUAGUUACUGAUCAUAUAAGAAAGAUGCUUCAGAAGAUGAGUUAAAAGGGCUGCAGUUCAUUAAGUUAGAGAUGAUGUGCUUAUUAUUGCUUUCUUCGUUGAAGUUGGCUUCUUGUCAGUUGAGAGACUAGUGAAGGAGUUGGGUGAGUAAAGAUACCAAAAGCAAUUCAAAAGUGCAUUGUUCAUAUUUUUAGUGCAGCAUUUUCUGAACUGAUUUGUCAUGAACGUUAUUGGCCUCCGUGGAAGUUUCUCAUGGAAUGAUUUUGAUCAGCGGUGUUUCAAAUACAUUUGCCAAAAAUAAUGCUCUCUGUGGGCUUAUUCUGUUUCCUAUGAAUUUUCUAAGUUUUAAGAAGAAAUGGAAACUCAUGAGCACUUUUUUUUUCUUCUUC